GCUCUGAUGACUAUAGGAACAUUUGCCAAUAAAGACACUCAGACCCACAGAUGCUAAGUGACUUGCUCACAGUCAUACACCUGGUUUGAAGUGAACUUGUGGUUAAUAUUUAUUGGGUGCCUGCUGUGUGCCUGCUUCUAAGUGAUACACACUUAUUCCUCAUGUUGGCCCUAUCUCCCCAUUUUAGGGAUGAGAAAACCGAGGCACUGAGAAGUUACUGUAUAUCCUAAAUACACACAAGUUCUGAGGAGCAAAGUCAAGAUUUCAAACCGAGCAGGCUAACUCCAGAGCCACGUGGCCUCAAGAGUUGUGAAUAUCAAAAAGCCUGUGACCUGCUGAGGAGUGCAGUCUGAAGUUCUGCUUUGCCUUUGGCUGCACAGGACCAGCCCCAAGGAGAGCCUCCGUUCUUGGGCCGAAGCCAAGGGAUAAUGACUCUUCCAGCUUCUCGCCUAAGUUGAAUAAGCACCGUGUGCACUUUAAUCCCCUGUCAGCGGCAUCAGGCUGACCGAAGACAGGUUUUGGAAAUCUCAGCUACAAAGAUAUCCAGCCAAAGUCUCAAUCUUGCCUUAACAAUGUUCCAGAGAUUGAAUAAAAUGUUUGUGGGUGAAGUCAAUACUUCUUCAAACCAAGAACCAGAAUUUAGUGAGAAAGAAGAUGAUGAGUGGAUUCUUGUUGACUUCAUAGACACUUGCACGGGUUUCUCAGCAGCAGAGGAUGAGGAGGAAGAAGACAUCAGUGAAGAGUCACCUCCCGAGCGCCCUUCAGUCUUUUCCUGUCUCCCUGCAUCUCUCGAGUGCUUGGCUGAUACGAGUGACUCCUGCUUCCUCCAGUUUGAGUCCUGUCCAAUGGAGGAGAGCUGGUUUAUCACCCCUCCCCCAUGUUUUACUGCAGGUGGAUUAACCACUAUCAAGGUGGAGACCAGUCCUAUGGAAAACCUUCUCAUUGAACACCCUAGCAUGUCCGUCUAUGCUGUGCAUGAGCCCUGCCCCAGCCUCAGUGAGGCCCACUGUGGGGCUGAGGAAUUUCAUAACCCAGGCAGUCCCAGAGUGGAAGCCGAGAAUGAAAUGGGGCAGCACAUUCAUUGCUAUGUUGCAGCUCUCGCUGCUCAUACAGCUUUUCUGGAACAACCCAAGAGCUUUCGCCCUUCCCAGUGGAUUAAAGAACACAGUGAAAGACAGUCUCUGAACAGAAAUAGCCUUCGUCGCCAAAAUCUUACCAGAGAUUGCCACUCUCGGCAAGUCAAGCACAGCGGCUGGGCUGUCCAUCAGCCCUGCCCACGUCAGUACAAUUACUAAGAAUCUGAAGCGUGUUUGGUUGGUUUCUCAUAGUUUGUGCAUAUGUGUGGGCAUGUGCAUGUAUGGAUGGUAAAGCUGCUGUCUCUUUACAGCCAACAGAUGACCAAUCACAUAGUUUUAUUGGUGUGUUUAGAUACUAUCUUGAA